UCUCGCAGUGUGGACAUGUCGGAUCCGGCUCAGGCCUUACAGCCCCGGCUUCUUCAAGCCCAGUCCGCGGGCUCAGCUGGCUCCAGCACCGCCGCCACCGGCUCCGGGCCCGGGAACAGUGACCCGGCAAGACCGGGACUGAGCCAGCAGCAGCGGGCCAGCCAGAAGAAAGCCCAAGUCCGAGCUUUCCCACGGGCGAAAAAGCUUGAGAAACUUGGCGUAUUCUCCGCUUGCAAGGCGAGUGACACCUGCAAGUGCAAUGGAUGGAAAAACCCAAAUCCUCCAUCGGCCACACGUAUGGACCUGCAGCAGCAAGCGGCCAGCCUGAGCGAGCCGUGCCGCAGCUGUGGACAUGCCCUGGCCGAUCAUGUGUCCCACCUGGAGAACGUGUCUGAGGAUGAGAUUAACAGGCUGUUGGGGAUGGUGGUGGACGUGGAGAACCUCUUCAUGUCUGUUCACAAGGAGGAGGACACUGAUACCAAACAGGUCUACUUUUACCUCUUUAAGCUGCUCAGGAAAUGCAUCCUGCAGAUGAGCCAGCCAGUGGUAGAGGGGUCCCUCGGAAGUCCGCCCUUCGAAAAGCCCAACAUUGAGCAGGGGGUUUUGAAUUUCGUUCAGUAUAAAUUCAGCCACCUGGCACCAAAGGAAAGGCAGACCAUGUUUGAGCUGUCGAAGAUGUUCCUCUUGUGCCUCAAUUACUGGAAGCUGGAGACGCCGACGCAGUAUCGCCAGCGCACACAGAAAGACGACGGGACAGCGUACAAAGUAGACUACACCAGGUGGCUGUGCUACUGCCACGUCCCCCAGAGCAACGACAGCCUGCCGCGCUAUGAAACCACUCAGGUGUUCGGCCGCAGCUUGCUCAAGUCCAUCUUCACCGUGACCCGACGCCAGCUCCUGGAGAAGUUCCGAGUGGAGAAGGACAAACUGCUGCCAGAGAAACGCACACUCAUCCUCACACACUUCCCCAAGUUUCUGUCCAUGCUGGAGGAGGAAAUAUAUGGCGAUAGUUCACCCAUCUGGGAGGCCGACUUCACCAUGCCUGCCGCCGAUGGCACACAGCUGGGACAUCAAACAGUGAUCAGUCCUGCUGCCGUGUCUGGCUCCCCUGCUCUCGCUAAAGGCCUGAGCAGCAUCUCCUCUCUGGGCGGCGGCGACUCUGGAUGUUCGGAGACCAUCACAGGAGAGAAGCGUAAACUUCCGGAGGCGUUGACCCUGGAGGACGCGAAGCGGAUACGUGUGAUGGGAGACAUUCCUAUGGAGCUGGUCAAUGAAGUUAUGAUGACAAUCACUGACCCUGCUGCUAUGCUCGGACCAGAGACCAAUCUGCUCACGCCAAACGCUGCCCGUGAUGAGACUGCCAGGCUGGAGGAGCGCCGGGGCAUCAUUGAGUUCCACGUCAUUGGAAACUCGCUUUCCCAGAAGUCCAACAAGAAGAUCCUGAUGUGGCUGGUCGGCCUGCAAAACGUCUUCUCUCAUCAAUUACCUCGCAUGCCCAAAGAGUACAUCACACGACUGGUGUUUGACCCGAAGCACAAGACCCUAGCCCUUAUUAAAGAUGGCCGCGUCAUCGGAGGCAUCUGUUUUAGGAUGUUUCCCACUCAGGGCUUCACAGAGAUCGUCUUCUGUGCUGUCACAUCCAAUGAACAAGUGAAGGGCUACGGUACCCACCUGAUGAACCACCUGAAGGAGUACCACAUCAAACACAACAUUCUCUAUUUCCUCACUUACGCUGACGAGUACGCCAUUGGCUACUUCAAAAAGCAGGGCUUUUCCAAAGACAUCAAAGUGCCGAAGAGUCGAUACCUGGGAUACAUCAAAGACUACGAAGGAGCGACGCUCAUGGAGUGUGAGCUGAACCCGAGGAUCCCCUACACUGAGCUCUCGCAUAUCAUCAAAAGACAGAAAGAGAUUAUUAAGAAGCUGAUUGAGAGAAAGCAGAGCCAGAUUAGAAAGGUUUACCCAGGACUUACCUGCUUCAAAGAGGGAGUCCGACAGAUCCCAGUGGAGAGCAUUCCAGGCAUAAGAGAGACGGGCUGGAAACCCAGUAACAAGGACAAAGGGAAAGAGGUGAAGGACCCUGAUGUGUUGUACAACAUGCUGAAGAACCUUCUGGCCCAGAUAAAGACCCACCCUGAUGCCUGGCCUUUCAUGGAACCAGUGAAGAAAUCCGAGGCUCCAGAUUACUAUGAAAUCAUCCGCUUUCCAAUCGACCUGAAAACUAUGACAGAGAGACUGAAGAACAGGUACUAUGUGACCAAGAAGCUUUUCAUUGCCGACCUGCAGCGAAUCAUCACCAACUGCCGCGAGUACAACCCCCCGGACAGUGAAUACUGCAAGUGUGCCAACACCUUGGAGAAGUUCUUCUACUUCAAAUUAAAAGACGGAGGCCUGAUCGAGAAAUGAACUCCGCCGCAGAAUUAUGGACAGAAGAGGAGCGACCGUCACAGCUGCCACACACCAAGACGAAGCAGAUCACGAGGAAACUAGCUAUUGUCAUGUCUGAGUUAUUUAAGGGGUAUGUACACGACUGACACAUUUCACAAGGGAAUUGUUGGACUCUUAACAAACAUGAACAUGAUGGUUGUUUUGGAAAUAUCGGAGCCAGUUGAGCACAGUGUCAAAAUGGCAUUAACUUUUCUCCAUAAAGUUACCGUGUCAUUUUUUUCUCUUCCAGUACUCACAGGGGGUUAACAAUCCUAAUACACGUUUCAUGAAGUGUACCAAAGUUAUAGGUCCAAAUUCAAAUUCUAACCAUGCCACUCUUUCUACUGUUAUUUAUUGUGUGAAUCAGCUCAUUAUUGCGUUUAAUAACAUUUGUUCAUUCCAGUUUGGUCAGAACUCGUCACUCGAAUGUAGUGUCGAGUUCACUGACAGAAAACUGGACCUCGGGACCUAAAGCCACGUUGCCUUCCGUUACUGACAGACACUUGAACAUCCCGGUCAUUUUCAUGGGUAUAAAGAUCAAGGUUUUCUCAGCGGUGAAGUCCUUAAAACACUGAAUUGUGAAAAAAUAUGGGCAGUACUCUGACUGUUGAAAAGUGCAGGAACUAUUGAAUCAUUCGCCAAUAAACACAAUAGUUGAAGUUGUUUAUGAAAAUAAAAUUACUCACAAUUGUUUGUAGUGGUGCCUCUUAAGUGAGAGUUUGUUUUUCUCUUUUCAUUCCAUUUAUUAUAAGGACUUUUUUUUUAUGUUGGUCAGAAUAAAGGGCGAAUACCAUUUGGGUUCUAGAAAUCCCAGCUAUCUGCCGUCUACACCAGAAGCCCCGAAAUAUUUUUGUUGCCCCUAGAGGCUAAUUCCUCAUCAGACGACAGCCGAUGGGCUCCAAGACUGUAAAGUCCUGAUUCAUCUAUUGCGGAAGACAGAUUUUUGUCAUCAAGAUGCAUGAAGUAUUCCCAAGAAAAUAUUUAAAUAAUGUGAUGAACGAAUUCCUGAAUCCCCCUUAUUGUAUUCUUUCUUGCAAGUUUUUCGUGGAAAUCUAUGGGUGAAAACAUAAUCUUCUUGGCGCCGUGGCAAAGGUUCUUCUGACUAGACAGAAAAUAAGACCAUUUCCCAAAUUGUUGCCUUCAAGAAAACCCUCAACAUAUUGUCAACACAUAUACUUCUUAAUAUACAGUUAAUAUAAAACACACUGUUGAUGCACCGUUCUCCACUGGCAGGGUUUUAUUCCAAGCCAUUUAGCAUGAGGUCAUACGUUAGCAUAUCUUUUACCAUGCUUGCAGAUGAAAACUGGAGCUGUUUUCACUGAUUUGUUCUGUAGUAGACUCACAGCCACACACAUGCAAAGUAAGUAGUCUGUUUUCGUGUUCAGCCACAUGUUUGUUCUGGUGUCACAGGUUUACUGCAUAGUUGACGUUGGCCCCAGCCUGGUGGGGUGGGGUGGGGGGGCUAACCAGCAGUCCUAGGAGAGGAAGAAGGUGACUCGCACGUUACACAAACUGUAGUAGGUGAUCAUGCAUGGUGGACAGUUUACAAUUAGCAUUCACAAAUUAACUAUCCAAUUUUAAGCCUUCUCUUGUUGCAGGUUUUCUUUUUACUGAGUCACACACACAUUGUGAUGAAAUAUCAGAAAGCACCUACUUCUCUAAAGGGGAGUACCUGACGCUUUUUGAGCCUGCUUACUGAAUGUUUCAUUGUUUGUCCGUGUGUGAGUGGAUGUUUAUUUUGUACUUGAAUUAUGACUAGUUUGAAUUACUCAAGUGAUGUCAGUGUUGCAUUAUUCAGGGUUGUCAGUUGUGUACUUCUUCCUCAGUCUAACUAUGCUGCAUUUCAGAUUUUCUUAUUGAAAGGUCAGUCUGAGGGAACCUUUCAACAGUUUGAGGAUGGCUACUGUCUCCAGUUAUGGUACAAAUGCCAUUUACUGUAACCAUAAUACUGUUCAUGACAAUAAAGUUUUUUAUAAAUUA